UUCUGAAGGCGGGGGUGUGUGGCCGGGAGAGGAGACCGGGACGGUGCACUGGGACGCAGAGGGUAGGGAUGGGGGACUGGGGGGGAGGGGCGGGCCCGGUUCAGAGCAGCGCCUGCUCUUGCGCACGCGCCCCUUUCCCGAGCUUCCGCGUGGCGCCUUGCGAACCCCGCGGUGAUCCUCCGCGACUUCGCUGGCUGGCCUUCGUGGCUUUGGAGUCACUUGCUAGGAGGCUCCUUUCCCCGCCCCCUGGGCCGCCAUGGCCGCUCGGCUGGUGAAGCGAUGCACGUGCCUCCUAAGGGAGGCCACCCGUCUGGCCCCUGGCAUGUCCCCAGUCAGCCAGCUGAGACUUGCCCGGGGAGCCCAGAAGCCUCUGACUUCCUCAGCUACCUCACCCAGCUCCCGCCUCCCAGGUCCUUUGUCAGAGCUUGUGGAGAAGGAACAGGUGUUUACUCCCUACCCUGAGCGCCAGGAGGUGGACCAGCUCAUCGAGAAGGCCACCAGGCCAGAGGAGCUCCUGGAGCUCUUGGGUGGCGGUCACUGUCUGCACCAGAACCACGCCGCCCUCGUGCUCAUCCAGCUCUCUCGCCUGCUCUCUGAGAAGCCGAAAGACAAAGCCUUGCUCAUACAGGAUGCCCGCUUUCAGCAACUUCUCCAUCUUGCCAACAGCCAGAUAACUGCAGUCUGGCACGGGACCCUCGUGAAGCUGCUCCGGAGCCUCUAUGCGCUGGGGCUCCCCACCACCUCCAAGGAGCUGCGGUCCGUGGAGCAGGAGGUCCGCUGGCGCCUGCGCAGGCUCAGGUACAAGCACCUGGCCUUCCUGGCCGAGUCCAGCGCCACCUACAUGCAGCAGCAGGACUCCCAGGAGCUGCUGGCUGAGCUGCUUGUGCACCUGGAGCGCCGCUGGGCAGAAAUCGAUGACGGCCGCAUGGUGGUGGCCAUGAUGGUGAAGAUAGGGCACCUCUCCGAGUCCCUGAUGAACCGCCUGGAGGACAAGUGCCUGGAGCUGGUGGAGCAGUUUGGCCCUGAGGAGCUGCGGAAGGUGCUGGUGACAUUGGCAGCUCAGAACCGGCGGUCAGUGCCCUUGCUGCGGGCUAUCUCUUACCACCUGGUCCAGAAGCCCUUCCCCUUGACGAAAGGCAUCCUCCUGGACCUGGCCUACGCCUACGGCAAACUCGGCUUCCACCAGACCCAGGUGUUCCAGCGCCUGGCUGCUGACCUGCUGCCCCACACGCCUAGCCUGACGUCCAGCGAGGUGGCCCGCUGCACCAAGUCGUUCGCCUUCCUUAAGUGGCUCAACCUGCCCCUGUUUGAGGCCUUUGCCCAGCACGUCCUGGACAGAGCCGAGAGCAUCGCUCUGCCACACCUGUGCAACAUGCUCCUGGCUUUCGCCCGUGUCAAUUUCCGCCCGGAACGGGAGGAUCCAUUCUUCAGCCUGGUGCAUGAGAAGCUGGGCUCGGAGCUGGUGGGCCUGGAGCCAGCCCUGCAGGUGGACGUGGUAUGGGCCCUGUGUGUGCUGCAGCAGGUGCGGGAGGCUGAGCUGCAGGCCGUGCUCCGCCCUGAGUUUCACACCCAGUUUCUAGGUGGCGAGUCCCCAAAGGAUCAAAGCACCUUCCAGAAGCUGCUCCAUAUCAAUGCCACUGCCCAGCUGGAGCACCCUGAGUACACAGGCCCCCUUUUACCAGCCUCAGCCUUGGUCCCCAGGCCCUCAGCCCUUGACAGGAAGGGGACCCCCUUGCAGAAGGAGCUGCAGGAGACGGUGAAGGGGCUGCUGGGGAGUGCUGACAAGGGCAGCUUCAUGGUGGCCACGCAGUAUGGCUGGGUUCUGGAUGCUGAGGUGCUGCUGGACACUGACAGCCAGCUCCUGCCCCUGAGGGCCUUUGUGGCCCCUCAUCUGGCCCCGCCCUCUGGCAGCCAGCCACUCCCCCCGGGGGCCAAGAGGCUGGCCUUCCUGCGCUGGGAGUUCCCCAACUUCAACAGCAGAAGCAAAGACUUACUGGGGCGCUUCGUGCUGGCCCGGCGCCACCUGCUGGCUGCUGGCUUCCUGCUGGUCGAUGUCCCGUACUACGAGUGGCUGGAACUCAAGUCUGAGUGGCAGAAAAGCGCCUACCUCAGGGACAAGAUGCGCAAAGCAGUGGCGAAGGAGCUGGCCAAGUGACCUGUCCCACAGCAAGGACUGUGCCCAGGGGCCAGACUGCCCUUGAGGCCUAGCCACAGGCACUGGGUGGGCAAGAGGUGGCCUCCUUGAGGACAAACCGCAGUGCAGGACCUUGGCCGGAAGUGGGCUGGUAGCCGGUAUCUCUGAGUGGCAGGUUGUUCUCUCAUGGGUAAUAAAUCUUUAAUCA